CCCACGCGAAAUGCACGCGAAAUUUGGAAAAAUUAUCAAAAAUGGCGGAACCACAGGCAGAAGUUGACCCUAAAACCACCGAAGAAAUGGAAGUUCCGAGCUCAGAUCCACCUGAAAAUGACAAUGAUCAAGAUGCUGAGACUCCUAAGAAGGAAAAGGACGCUAAGAGCUUUGAUCUAGGGGACCUGGUUUGGGCCAAGAUGAGCAGCUUCCCUGCCUGGCCAGGAAGAAUUGUAAAGCCAUGGAAGAAUGUUAAGAAGCCAGCGGGCAAGAAAGCUGUUCGCUUUGUCUUCUUCUUUGGGACUGAAGACCACGCUUGGGUGAAGGAGGAAAGUCUGAAGCAUUACGAAGAGAACAAAGCCACUCUCUCUAAGGCAGGAAAGGGAGCCAAGUUCACCAAGGCCAUAGAUGCCAUUGAAGAGGCUAUCGUCAAGAACCAGGCUAGCAAGUCUGACAUGGAAUCAAAUGAGCAAUCAGUAGGAACACCAGCUGAGGGCCAGACCACUUCCCCCUACCACCCUCCAUCGGAUGAUGAUGAUGACGAUGAUGAUAUUUUCUUGAAGUCUAUCAGCAAACCAACUAAAGAUUAUUCCAGAGAACCUAUGGCAGGGAAGAAGAAGUUAAACUCCUCACAGUCAGCAUCAUCUCCCGGUAGCUCACCGAGGAAAGGGUCAAAUUCCAGCUCCCCCUUCACCAAGAUCAAUACACCUCUUGCAUCCCCCAAGAAGCGGGGAAGGCCCUUUAAAACCUUGGAAGAUGGAGAGGUCGCCAAGAAACCAACACCAAAAAAGAGGCCGAGUACGGGUGCAAGUACAGCAGCUCCUGGUAAGAAGGCCCGUUCAGAUAUGUCGUUCCUAUCCCUCAAUUUGUACAACAGUUUUCAAGCUCAUCUUGCUCAGAAAGGAGAGACAGCAAAGAAAGACAUAAAACCUACAGAGAAAAAGAUCGGUUUCAUUGGUCUUGGUCUAAUGGGUACUGGUAUGGCAAUGAAUCUAAUCAAAGCAGGUCACGACGUCACUGUCUGGAACAGGACAUCAGAAAAGGAUUCAAAUGGUCUUUAUCCAGAGACAGAUGAUGAAUUAUUCUCAGAAGAUUUUACAGAGUGUGAAGAGUUUGUGAAAGCUGGUGCAAGUCAAGCUGAAACAGUGUCGGACCUGGUUUCAUCAUGUGACAUCACAUUCUCUAUGGUAUCAGAUUCAGAAGCAGUCAGAGCGAUUGUAUUUGGUGAGAAUGGUGUAUUAGAUGGUAUCAGUGAUGGUAAAGCAUUUGUGGACAUGUCAACAGUAGAUAUUGGUACAGUGACAGGAGUUGCAGAAGCUGUUCAAGCACGGGAUGGUCGGUUCUUAGAGGCACCGGUCUGUGGUAGCGUCCAACCAGCCAUGGAAGGCUCCCUCAUCAUCAUUGCAGCUGGAGAUAAAGAACUCUUUGACGAGUGUGAAUCAUGUUUUCAAUCUAUGGGAAAGAAAGCAUUCUAUCUUACUGACACAGGUAAUGCAGCUCGGAUGAAACUGGUCAUCAACAUGAUCAUAGGCAGCGUCAUGUGCAGCUUUGCAGAAGGCAUGGCCCUAGCUGAUAAGUCAGGCCUCAGUCAAAGCGUUCUUCUCGACAUUCUCAAUCUUGGAUCAAUCGCCAACCCUCUUAUUAGUGGAAAAGGAAAAGCAAUCCUCGCCAACAAGUACCCACCGGCUUUCCCUCUGAAAUACCAACAGAAAGAUCUGAAGCUUGCACUAGCUAUGUCAGAGCAGGUUGACCAACCGUUACCAGUCUCAUCAGCAGUCAAUGAGCAAUACAAGAGAGCAAAGAAUAUGGGUCUUGGAGACAAGGACACAUCGGCCAUCUACAAAUCAUUAACCCACUAAGAGACUGGAUGCACAAGACUAGCUCUGUGCUUUCUCAUAUUCCAAGAUCCUUGGCACAUGUUCCACCCAUCGCCCUCGCCUCCAUCUGUAAGAUCAGAGUCUAUGGGGAAAAGCAGUGCUGAGCCGUCAAAGGUUGAAGAUAACUCGUUCGUGGAUCGAUUGCAAGAAGAGCUGCUAUUGCCCAAUGGGAGUGGGGCAAGAAUGUGUCACUGGGAUUAUCCUUUCCAAUCGGAGCUUUAAUUGCGAGGGUUAUUUUUUUUAAUGAACAAUAUGAGGUAUCAGGUCCCAAAUCAUGAAGUGUUGUGUCAGUGAUUUUUACUGAUAAAUUUGCUUUAAGCCAAUAACAUUCAUAGAUUUCAGCAGCUUAAAAUGAUUGUCAAUCUUUUUUAAUGAAAUGUUUUUAAAAUUAUUUAUCAUGACCCUUUGAUAAACCUUGAGAUUUUAAUAGUCCUAUUUGCUUGAAUACAAUCAUCCAUUUUUAUUGGAUACGGAAAAUUAAUACAUUUGAACAUUUGAAUUGUUUUUUUAUAUUCAAAUGUGAUGAUCCAGUAUAUUUGUCUAGUAUUUAUUUUCCUGAGUAAAAUCAAUGUCAGUAAUUACUGCUUUGAUCAUACAGAUAAUAACUCUUGAAUGGCAGGCACGCUCCUUACCAGUGAUGAAGGGGGGGGGGGGGCGGGGCAGGGUUGCGGCCCUUUGUAUGUGUACAGCAUUCUCUGUAUAGUUCAAUGUUUUUUAAUAGAAGCACUUUUUCAAGAAGAAAAAGGGCAGUUGUUUCAUUUGUAUGUACAAAAAACAAAAUCUCCAUCCCUUCUCCUAGGCGCCUUUUGUACAAAUGCAAUUCAAAUGGAGAAUUUAAUAUUUGUGUGAAUAUAUGAAUGCUUGUAACGAUUAGCGCCCAUGAAUUGAUUCCAUGGGAUAGUAUUAUGUGUGGUUAUGUUGACAAAUUCCAGAACUUUGUGUUGCCAAUUUCUUCAUAAAUUUGUCCAAGUUCCUAUUGCUGAAAUGAAUUUAGGUAAUUGCCAUCAAUUUUCCACAAUAGUGUUCUCUGAUUUUAAUUGGGCAAUGCCAUCGAAUUUCAAGAAAAAGAAAAAGAAGAAACUUCUGUGCAUCUGGGCAAGUUGUCCGACCAGGGGAGCAUUUCAUGGACAUUUGGUGUCUGACAACUAGUCGGAUCUGACAACUUUCCUUGAAUUUGAUUGGCUGAGAAGCACUAUUUCUAUGGUAACUGUAAGUUGAAACGUCUUGUUGGAUGAAAUGUCCGAGUCCUUUCAUGAUACGCUCCCCUGACAUCUUUCUUUGAUUUUGCUUGGCUUCUGAGAAGUACUGUUACUAUGGUAACUGUCAGAUAAAAUGGAACAUGUUGGAUAUGACGCCCGACAAGUCCUUUCGUGAAACACUCCCAUGGCCCCGUUUGGACCUCACUAAUGUGCUUGGGCCAUCAUUAUCUAAAAUCUUCACAUAUGAACUCAACUGAAUGAAGCAGUCUCUGUCAGUACAAGCAAGAUGCCCUGUCGUACCAAAAAAUAAGAUAAAAUUGUUAAAGGACAAGUCCA